AUGGCGGGAGUCCUGAGAAGCUGCAGCGGUUUACGUGCGAGUGAUUCGACAAUUUCCUUCCUCGUGGUGGCCAGCAGUGAAAUUUGCGAGAAAAUCACUGAUUCCCUCCAUUUGGCAGCGAAAAAUCGAAAAUGUCGGCUUGUGGUGCAUCAGUGUGAGGCUGUGUCACAGGUGGUCAAAUCGAGAACAAAUUUAGCUGUUGAUUUUAUUGUUUUUGCUAUUGAUGGACAAGUCACGCAUUCAAUAUCCGAGGUCGAGUCUAACAUCAGCUGUAUCGACGAAAAUUACGUGAUAUCUGGAUCUGUCAGUCUCGUCUACUGUCACAACACAUCCGGGAGUUUUGGCAUGACCUACCACAGGGCCAAGGAGCUCUCCAGGAAAUACUGCCUUCGGAAGUUCCUCAACACCGAUAUUCAAGACGCAGAGAACUGUUUUCUGCUUGCCGAACGUCUUCUAACCCUCGCCGAGGAAGUCGUCGGUCUAAAGACCGGUUUUCCCCUCUGCAACGUCUGAAUUCCAGACAAA